AUUUCACUUCUGCACAGUUAAAUAUCUCGCGCCAAUUUUUCAUUAUUUCCCACUUUGGAACAAUAUUUGUUUAUGGUAAACAGUAUGAUGUACAGUCGUCUUGAGAAUGAGAAUCAAUCUUUAUGUAAUUCUUUAUCAUCAUCUUUGACAUCUCCGACAGUAAUCCUCCAUCAUCACCACCACCCAGAUCAUCACGGUCAUCAACAUCAGCAACAGCAACAACUAUCACAAAUUGCACGACCACAACAUCUUAAAACUUAUCAACAUAAUUCGCAUCGUUUUGAUCAUCAUCAUCACCAUCAACAACGAGAGGAAUUGUGUCAUUCGGAUCCCAUACCAUUUUAUCACUAUAGUCCCAUGUUAUCAUGGAAUCAAACAGAUUCACCGUCACAAUCAUUACCUUCUAAUUCAUUGAUGUUUCUUACAUCAAAUAAAGAUUUUCCUUUACAAUCCGAGCAAAACGUACUGGAAUCUAAUCCAAGUUUGGAUGUAUCAAGUCAACAUCAUUCAUGUCUAAAUCAUUAUCAUCCUCACCAACAACUAAGUGGAUUAAAUAUUAAAGAUAGAAAGCCAUGUGAUAUAUGUGGUGAUGUAGCUGCCGGUUUUCAUUGUAAUGCAUAUGUCUGUGAAGCAUGCAAGAAAUUUUUUAUUCGUAGUUCAAAAGGAGAGAAUUUCACUAAAUAUACAUGUACCAAGUCGAAUACAUGUGAAAUCAAUAAAGAUACACGUACACAUUGUCAGCGAUGUCGUUAUCAAAAGUGUAUACGAUUAGGCAUGGUAUUACCGGGAGCUGCGGUGUUUCCAGUUACUGAUAUAUCAGAAAUACCAUGCCGUGUUUGUGGCGCCAAAUCAUCUGGAUUCCAUUUUGGUGCAAUAACAUGUGAGGGUUGUAAGGGUUUCUUUCGACGAACAAUUAAUGAACGAGAAAGUCAACGCUACACUUGCAGAAAUGGAGGUAAUUGUGCUGUUACCGGUGCUACAAGAAAUAAUUGUAAAAGUUGUCGAUACCGUAGAUGUUUAGCUGUUGGCAUGUCAAAACAUGGCAGUCGUAUUGGUCGUCAACCUAAUGCCAUUAAACAUCGUUGUGCCGUUGAAAUUGAACAAAUUCGAUCAGCAGUAUCCAAUUCAACUGUAUAUUCUAAACAAUAUUCGAAAUCCAAUUGUCCAGUAAUUUCAAAUUACCAUUCAUCAUAUAAUUUAUUAUCCCCAAUAAAUAAUUCAUUACAUAAACUGAAUGAUUCAUUAAAUCAAGACCAUUAUGAAUAUAAAAUUAAUGAUAAUAAUAAUAAUAGCAAAGAGAGUAUGAUUUCAAACCAGAACUGCUUAAAUCAAUCCACCAUAAAAACUACAGAUUCGACACAUUUAAUUACAGCACCUUAUCAACAGUUGUCAACUAUAGAAUCAAAUAUCAAUGUAAAACUUACAGAACAAGGUAAUGAAUUACAUGAAUUAAGUGAUAAUGAUAAUAAUCUAACAAUACCGUCAAAAGUAGAUUUUACAUCGUUAUAUCAACAUUGUACACCUUCAGUACAUGUUCAAACAAUUUGUCAUCAAGUAUCAAAUAAAAUACAAUUCUGUGAAAAUAAUUGUUUAUCUAGUCAGGAUGAUGAAUUCAUCGUUAAUCCCACAUCACAACUAUCCUCAACUUCGACUAAUUCUGAAGCAAUGAUUUUAGUUGCAACAGGAACAUCACCUCAUCUUCCACCACCACAACCACCACCGGCAAUGAAUACUACUAUUAUGGCAACAAAAUCAAUGUCAGAACGUGUAGAUUGUUUAAAUAAACAAAAAGAAUUUAAUGAAUUAAUAAAUAAUAAUUAUUCGUCAAUUGGUUUAAUAAAUUUGUCUAGAGCAGCACAAUUCUAUAGUCAACAUGAAAAAGAUUUUCCAAUACAUCAUUCAAUCAAUAUUGAUAAACAACAAUCGAAUGAUUCAUAUGAAUUAACUGAACAAGAUCAUAAUAAACCAAUAUUUCAUCAUUUAAAUCAUAAUGAUUGUAAUAAAUUUUCUAAUUCAACAAUCAUAACUGAAUAUAAUGAUGUACAGAAUGAAAAUUAUUUAACUAAUAUUUAUGAAGAAGAAUGUCAAGAUCUAUGUUCAUUGCCUACUAUUAAACAAUUGAAUACUUCUCCUAUUGUUGUUAUGAAUAAUAAUACUGACAGUAAUAAUAUUUACAAUAAUGAUAAUACACUAGUUCAAAAUAAACGAUGUUUAUUUAAAAAUCUACAUUCAUCAUUCACUUCCUCAGGUAGUAGCCAAUAUUAUUAUUCACCAUCAAAAUCUUUUUUAAAUCGAUAUCAUACAUCGGUUUCAGUUAAACCGAAAUUAUGCAAUCAAACAAGUUAUCAAGAAGAUAAUUGUCAAACUUCAAAGUUAUUAUUUCAAUUUAAUGUAGAUAAAUAUCAACAGAUGAAUAAUACUGAUAGUAUUUUAGAAAAUUUCACUACAUCUAGACUACAUAAAGUCAUCAAAGAUGAUUCAAUAAACAAUUAUUCCUCUAAUAAUAAUUCACUUAAACAAGAGGAUGUUAUAGGGAAUGAAAACCAAGCUAUGACAUCUAAUAUGUCAUCUGAAUGGACAGAUAAUAUAAGUCUACGAAGGAAGCGGAUCCAUAUGCCUAAAAAUUCAAAACUAUAUACAACUUAUAAUAAACCAAUAUUUAAUGAUUCAACAGAAUCAUUGAUAACACCAUCAACGUAUCAAUUAAAUAUAUCACAAGAUAAAACUGAUUUCCCAAUAUAUUCAAACAAAAAAGAUUAUGAAUACACAUAUGAAUUAGGUGAUAAUGAUGAAAGAAAUCGAAUGAAAUAUAGACAAACUAGUGGUAGUAGUAGUAGUUUAUUAGAAUCACCAAUUAUAAUUAUUGAUAAUCAAUUGUCUACUUAUGAAGAUGAUCAAAUUAAUAAUAGAUCAAUUGGUCCUAAUCAAAAGCAAUAUGAUCAACAACAGCAACCUCGAUUAUUAAAUUUAUUAGAGAAAAUUGAUGUAGAUAAAGAAUUCAUGAUGGAACAGUUAAAAUCAACUAAUAUUACUACUUAUUCAAGUUUGAAUAAAUGUAUAGAAGAAAUUCCUAGCAUUGAUUCGAUCAAAGCUCAUUAUUCUUAUAAUACUUCAAAUGAUAUGUACGGAAUGGUUUGUAAUAAUGAAUAUGAAUCAACUUAUAGUAAUAAUAAUAAUAUCAAUAAUGAUACAAUAACUAAUACAUCUGUAAAUAAUAAUUUGACAUUUUCAAGAAUGUCAUCAUCACAGUUAAUUCCAAUAGCAAAUGAUAUAUUGAACACAUCAAAUUACCUGGAUUUUUAUAUGACCAACAAAUAUACUGAUGAUAAUUCAGAUGAACACAAUGAAUCAAAUUUACAUUCAAAUCAUAAUUCAUCCGUGCAUUUGCAAUCUUCUAACAUUACAAAUGAAUGCAAUGAAACAAUACACCUAUUAAGGUUAAAUAAUCAGUCUACUCGAAACGAUGAGCUUCUUCGGAAUAUUAGAAAUGCUGCAUUUCAGUUACUUCAUUGUCAGUGUAAAUUACCUGAAAAUCUACACUUCUUAGAUGAAACUAAACAGAAUCCAGAAAUUCUAUGGCACAGUUUAAUGAAAUAUUUUGAAAGUCAUAUUUAUGAAAUUAUUCAAUUUGCCCAAUCUAUUCCUAGUUUCCAAGAACUUUCAGAGUAUGAUAUGAAAAUUUUAAUUCAACAAAGUAUCUAUCCAAUUAUUUUAAUUCAAUUAUCUCAAGAUUUCAGUAAUAAUAAAACAAAGGAAUCUUUUUAUUUGAAUAUUCAAAGUCAAACAAGCUUGAUAAAUCAAUUCUCAGUGUGUAAAAUAUUAUUUGAACAAAUUAAUUUAACAAACAAAUUAUUGAAAUCAUUAAAUUUAAAUGAAACAGAAAUUGGUUUAUUAUGCUGCGUUGAAUUAUUUCACGGAGAUGGAAAAUGUUUGAAUGAACCAAUAAAAGUAUAUGAAACUUAUCAAACAAUUCUUCAAUUAUUAAAAGAAUAUGAAACAAAUCAGUUCAAUUCAGAGAAACGUUUUUAUAAAAUAAUGUCUAUUAAACAUAAUUUAGAUAGAAUGAAUAAAGAACAUCAAGAAAUAUUAAAAAUACUUAAAUAUAAAAAUAAUUAUUUACCAUUUUCUGAUUUAUAUAUUCAAUUAUUUCAAUUAAAUGAAUUACAACAUUUGAAUCGGAGAUCAUUUCCAAUAGUUACAUCAUAAUAUUAAAACAAAAAAGGAAUUUAACAUUGAAUAUAAAUCCAUGAUAAAACAUUGAAUAAUCAAUAUUAUUGUGUGCAAUUAAAAUCUCAGGUUUAUGAAAUAAGUAAUAUAUACUUUACAAAUAUAUAUUUAUUAUUGUUUCUUUUUUCUGUGCUACAAGAGAACAAAAAUGUGAAAACCCGGUGUGGUAUAUAAUUUAGAUGUAAGAAAAAUGGCAGCUUUUAUAUUUAUUCAAUAAACAGUCAAGUGAAUAUUUUAUUUUGAUGAAGUAAAAUAGUGUUUCAACUUCAUUUUCCCAUUACUUUUCUUUUUCUAUGGUGAGUCAUGUAAGUAUAUUUCAUGAGGAUCCACAUACAAAUGGAUAUAGUCAAUUAUAUUACCAUACAGAUGUAUGUUAUUUGAAGUAUAUCCUGUUAUCACUUCAUGUGCAUCAUUUAAUCUACACCUACUGGGUUUAUACUACUAUUAUUAUCAUUAUUUAAUAUAUACAUAUUGAACUUUCUUUUGUUUGGUUUAGCCAAUUUUCUCUUCCAUCCUGUUGUUUAAAAUUAACUCAUAAUCUGCUACUUUAAUCAAGUAAUCUUUAUCAGGGAAUUUUAUUGAAACAAAAAUAAAUAUUUCGAUUAUCGUUUUA